AUGACCUUCAUCAGCAUUUUUGUCACCUCUCCAGACACCCAUUCAGAAAGGAAGCUCGACAGCGACCUCACCAUCCAGCAGCUCAAGGACAAACUCACCCCAAUCACUGGCAUAUCGCCUCACUACCAAAUACUCGAAAUCUACAGAUCGGCUGAACAGACGUCAGGAGCUCCUCUCGCUGUUCUUGACGAUGACAGCCGAACUCUUGCCAGUUAUGGUCUGCAAGAAUGGAACUGCAUCAAGGUAGAUAACACCGACCCCACCUAUCGUCCUGGAGAGUUCACCGACGAUUCCAACCUGGAUCGCUUUGAGCUUACUCCAGAAGAGUACGCCGCUCGGCCCGACACCGUCCUUGCCCAUAUCAAAGCGAACAAGCUUGGACGCUUCGCUGAUGUCCCCCACAAUCUUACCUGCCCUCCGCCUCCACCUUUCAGCGCCGACCCGAGUAUUGUACCUGGGGCAAGAUGCGAAGUGUCUCAUGGGGAAGAUGGACUCGGAAAACGGGGCACGGUCAAGUUUGUGGGCGAGACAGAGUUUGGCAAGGGCGGUGUAUGGGUUGGCGUUCAGUUGGACGAGCCUUUCGGGAAAGGGGAUGGCGAGGUCGAAGGGAAGAGGUAUUUCACCUGUCCAUCAAAAUACGCCCUCUUUGUUCGUCCGGCCAAGGUCACUGUCGGCGACUUUCCAGAAGAGGACCUCUUCGCGGAUGAUGAUGAGGAGAUAUGA